GCGGCCUUAACUCACUUUCGUAAGCGGCCAGCUAUAGUGAGUGUGUUUUGGUUGAGUUUUUCCCGACCAAGGACAAACAUGCCGUUUCGAGAAGAAGACUGGCUUCCCAGUCACGAAGAGCUAGAUGUACCAGAAUUGCAACUCACUUCAUCCGUACUACGAGCUGGUUCAUUGUAUUAUGGUAAAUACUGUGACUACCAGUGCAAAGAAUUCAUGCUGUGUAGAGAUGAGACAAAUGACCCUAGGCGUUGUUUAAAUGAAGGCAAAGAAGUUACACGUUGUGGUUUUGAGUUCUUUAGUAAAGUGAAAACUCAUUGCCCUGAUCAGUUUUAUGAUUACUGGCAGUGUGUUGAUCAUUCAGGAAAUGACAUGAACUUUCAGAACUGUCGCAAGACACAGAACGUGUUUGAUGAAUGCGUCAAAGAGAAACUAGGAAUUGAACGCCCUUAUGUUGGUUACUUCUCUAAAAUUCGCCUGCAUGACACACAGCGUCCGAGGUUUCAACUGCCACCACACAAGUUACCAGAGAAAAUUCCUGAACCUCCAAACACUGACACUGCACCUCUACCUAACAGAAUUUUAGAUUAACCCUGGCCAAUCACUAGAUAUUUAAACUUAUUACUUUGGAAAUCAGAAUAUACCAAGGUUGUACUUUUAGAAGCAGAUUUUUUAGUCUGUCCGUCAGGCUUUAAAACCUUGUAUUUCUUCUGCUACAAUAAACAAACAUUUCCAUAUUUUA